AUGGCCCUAAGCAGAACAACGCCAGCAACGCUCGACACUUGGAGAACUUUGCAGCGCCAGGUUUACGGCAUCACACAGUACCGGGGCCAGCCGCGCCUUGCUGGGACACAGUAUUAUCCUUGUCGGUCUUGGGGCGCGUGUUACCGCGCCGUCAGCAGUAUCAUCCGCACCAAGUUGCUGCUUAGUGGAAAUGUGGAAGAGAAUCACGGCCCUACAUUGAAGGGCAUGCAAUGGAACUCAGCUGGGCUAACACAGGCCAAACGCCUAGCCUUGAGUAAAAAGCUCUACGAUGAUAAUAUCACGUUCUGCAUACUGAGUGAGACAAAAAUGUCCCUCCCCCUGAGGCUGCUAGUUUUGGACCCCCUGGGUUCCAACAUUAUGGAAAUGCAGCUGGGGACCGAAGAGAGACACACUGCGUGCCUUCUACUUGGCUCUAGUGCAGGCCAAAGCAAUGUAUGGUAUAGAAGUAUGGUACUGGGACGCAUCAUCCACCUCGCGAACAACGCUUAA